GUCUGUAUUAUGUUCCAAGAUCUCCUCUGGUUGUUAGUAGAAGCCGGCAUGUCUUGUGUGACCCUGAGAGUGGUUCUUUUGUACUUGUACUGCUUUUUUCUGGAUGCCGUCAGAGCUCUAGCUUUUUGUUAUGGUAUUCCUGGGGCUUUUCUUUCAGGAGGUGAUCAGUGGAUUCUUUCUGUCUUCACUUUGCUCUCUGAUUCUAGUAGCGUGUGGACUGCGGGAAGUGGAGGAGUAGAGCAUCUGGCCCGAAUGUCUAAGGAGACAGUUCAGCCUUCUAAAGCUCCUGCCUUUGCCCAGGACAGGAGUCUAACAGGAAGAAGUACUUCUGGGUUGCUGACCACCAAGUACCAGAAUCCAGUGACAUUCAGGGAUGUAGCUGUGGACUUCUCAUUGGAGGAGUGGAAAUGCCUGAGCCCUGCUCAAAGGGAUCUAUAUAAGGACGUGAUGCUGGAGAACUAUGAGAACCUGGUCUCUGUGGGACGAGGGCUUCCAUUUUCAAAACCAUAUGUGGUCUCCCAGUUAGAAAGAGGAGAAGCACCCUGGAUAGCUGAGGGGGAAGUUCCCAGAGACCGUUGGCCAGAUUUGUUUAAUCAAAAGAGCAGGUAUGAAAACCAGGGCUCGGCUCUGACUCAGGGAACUUGCCUGGGAGCAUCAGCCACGGAAAGAGGACCAUGGAACAGUCCCUGGUGUCCUAAUAUGGGAGAAUCCAGGACGUGUUUGGUCAAGUUAAAGAGCCAGAAAGGUCCCCAGGAUGGAGAGUGCCCCCAAUUAACCGUCCCUCAUGAAGGAUCAUCUUGUCAGGGGAAUGUGCCAGAAAAGAAUUCUUUGGUGAGACAUGUUAGUCUGGGGCCAGUCUGUUUUGCCCAAGAAAGAGCUGCUAUGGGAAAAAGUCUCUAUAAAUAUAAUAUACUUGCAAAGAGCCUGAGAAACUGUUCAGAUAAAAUUCAGUGUAACAGAUUCUUCUCAGGGAAGAAACUUCCUAAGUGUAACAUAGGCAGGAAAUUUUUCAUCUACCACUCAGAUGCCAUUAAAUAUCAUAUACCUGGUGAAGAGCUCUAUGAAUUUAAUGAAUGUGGAAGAGCUUUUGACAAAAGGUCAAACCUCACUGAAUGUCAGCAAAUUCAUUCUGGAGAGAAACCCAUUGAACUCAGUAAAUGUGAGAAGGAAACCCUUAUUAGACAUCAGGAAAUUCCCACUAGAGUGAAACUCUUUGAAUGUAAAGAAUGUGGGAAAUCCUUCAGGGAGAAGCGCUAUCUUCAAAGCCAUCAGAGGACUCACACUGGAGAGAAACCUUUUGAAUGUAAUGAAUGUGGAAAAGCCUUCAGUGUCAGGCAGAACCUUUCUAGACAUCAGAGAAUUCAUAUUGGCCUGAGACCCUUUCAAUGUAACGAAUGUGGGAAAGCCUUCAGGAUGAAGGAUCAUCUUAAAAUGCAUCAGAGAACUCAUACAGGGGAGAAACCUUUUGAAUGUAAUAAAUGUGAGAAAGCCUUCAGUCACAGGGGGAGCCUUAGUAGGCAUCAGAGAAUCCAUACUGCAGUAAAACCCUUUGAAUGUAUUGAAUAAGGAAAAGCCUUCAAUGACAGGCUGAAUCCUAAUAGCCAUCAGAGAAUUCAUACUGGAGUGAAACUCUUAGAAUGUAAUGAAUACAGGAAAGCCUUCAGAGUGAAGGAUCACCUUAAAAGCAGUCAGAGAACUCAUACUGGAGAAAAAUGAUUUUGAAUAUAGCGAAUGUAGAAAGUAGUUCAGUAAGAAGCAAAUUCUUGGUAGACAUCCAAGAAUUCAUCCUGGAAUGAAACCUUUUGAAUGUAAUGAAUGUGGGAAAAACGUUCAGUCUAUAUCAUCACCUUAGUGUGCAUCAGAGAAUUCAUACUGGAGAGAAAUCUUUCGAGUGUAAUGAAUGGGGAAAUGCAUUCAGGAAGAAGCAAACCCUUAUCAUCCGUCGGAGCAUUCAUGUCAGAAUGAACCUUUGGGAUGGUAUGAAUGUGGAAAAGCCUUCAAGCAGAAGGAUUACUUCAACUCAUAGGAUCACAGGAUACUCAUAUUGAAGAGAAACUCUUUAAAUUGAAGGAAUGUAGGAAAACCUUGAAUGACAAGCAGAAUUUUUCAGAUAAUUCCCAGUGGAAGGAAACUCUUUCAAUGCAAUAGAUGUGGGAAAUCUUUCAGACUGAAAGAAUACCUUAUCAGCCAUCAGACAACUCAUACAGAUAUAAAAGGCUGUGAAUAUAAUGAGUGUGGGAUAAUCUUCAGCCACCAAGGAAGGCUUAAUAAGCAUUUGAAAACUCAUACUGGAAGUAAACCUUUUGAAUGUAAUGAGUGGCAAUCCUUCACUGAAAAUCAGUGUCCUUUUUGGAUAUCAAGAAGCUUAUAAAGGAGUAAAACCCCGUGAAUGUGGCAAAGCCUUCAAUUGAGAAGGAGGCCUUUAUAAGACAUCAGAGAGUUCACUGUAGAAUAAACCCCUGGAAAGAAAUUAUUGUGGGAAAGCCUUCAAUGAAAAGUAUAUCCUUAUCAGAUACCAGAGUGAAACCAUUUGAAUGUAAAGUCUUCAUGCUGAGGCAGUUUCUCAGUCCCACAGAGGAUGUGAGAAAGCCUUCAGCAAUAGGGGAAGACUUAUACUUCAGGAAACUCUUACUGCAAAGAUAUCCUGUGAAUGCCCUCAGGAAAAAGCAUGCCAUAAAGCCUUUACUUACCUCACAGCCAGAGUGAACCCCCAGCAUACGAUGAAUGUGGGAAAAAUUUCAAUGACAAGUAGAAUCUUGUUCGACCUUAUGGGGUUCAUACUGGAGGGAAGCCCUUUAAACAUGGGGAAACGAUUUUCUCUUGUCUAUGACUUCCCUCCUAGGACACAUUCUGAGCCUAGAAGAGAUUUUGAGAGCAAAUAUUUGAUGAGAUACUGGCUUUGGCAUAAGCCAAAACAUCAGGAAGUGCACCUUCCCAGCCUCAGGGAGACCCACCACCAGAACGCUUUACUCACAUGCUUCUAAUGUUUUUAACCACACGGACUCCCGGAGGCCUGAGCUACAGGGGCAGAGCGGUCAGCACUUUCUUCUAGUGUCAGUGGGCAACAUUCCCAAAGAGGAUGCUCGAGACUUUUAGCCCCGUGUUUUCAUGUCUGGUGGAAAGCCAUGCUUGCUUCUUAACUCGUGUUUAUAGUUCGAGAAAGUGGAGAUGGCCUAACUCCCAACAAAUACAUUUCUCAUGUGAAAGACUGGUUGGAGGACCUGUUCUCAGCUCAGAAAGAUUUUCAUGGAUAUAAGUGAUCAGGUAUUAGAAUUACAUGUAAAAAAAAUCUAACGUGCAGGCAGCAUACAGCAUAGCAGACCAAUGUAGUUUAAAUAUUGAGGAAGUUUAAAUGAGUUAAGUGAUAUACAGAUAGUUCUUGCUUUAUGUAAGUGGACUGUUCCACAGGGCCUCUAUGUAAAGUCAUUUUUAUGUAAUGUGAACUUGCCCACAGAUGGGGAAGG